AUGGACACCACAAAGGAUCCUAUCCGCAGCGGCAGAAAGAAAGCGCCCUUGAUGAAGACGAGCAACAGCCUUUUGGACGAGAUCAAUGUCGCUGGCCAUAUUGAAUUGCUAUCGCUUACUAUCAAUGACCUCAAGACAACGCAGGAUUAUGCGGCCUCGAUUCCCGACAUAUCUGCGGAGUUGGAGUCAGAGAUUAUGACCAAGCGCGCGAAGUUGAUUUCCAUGUCCCAGAAGCUCCGCUCUCUCCCUAUCCAGCGCACCCAGUCUAUUCAACGCCCUGAUUCUCUCGAGUUCAAACGUCUUGAGCGUAACAUAGCCUUCAUGAUCAAAGAAAAAGAGCUACAUCUCAAGAACGAAGACGAGACGGAACCUUUUGAUCCGACGAAGCACGACUGGGAAAAGACUAAGACCGAAAUGGAUCAAUUCGCCACUGACUUGAAACAGGCGAUUGAGGAGAACUUCAUUGGAACGGCCAUAAGGUUUGAGGAUUGGGAGAAUGACGACUGCGACAUGAACGAUUUUUGCGACGCAUUCGAAGCAGGGAUGCAGGCCCAAGAGCAGAAACAUAGUCCUUCGGGGUCUAUCGAAGACCAAAGCGAGUGCGAAGCGGGCUCUGGUGAUUCUGGCGGCACCGGGGAAGACAAAGAUCCGAUGGAGAUGAUUAACGCAGGCAACGACGUCCACACUCAUCGGUUCCUCGUGAAGUACAGCGCUCUUAGUGUAAGUAUCUUAUGUCGGUGUCUUUAA